CAGCCAGUGAGGGCUGGGUGGAAGCGAGCAGGCAGCGCGGUGUCCUUAUCAGUGGGCUAGGCGGCUCAGCGCGGCCACCUUGUCCGAGGAGCCGCAGUCCAAAGAUCCGUCGCAGACCCGGUAGCCCAGCUAUGUCUUCUCGGGGUGAGAGGUCUGCCCAAGGUCCGGAACCUUGCACGAGGUGUUGAGAUCCCCAGCUGGCAGAGCUCACAGGCCCGCAGCCGUCGGGGCGCCCGCCUGCAGCUCAUCAAUCACCACCAUGCGCCCCAGCCUGGGGUCGCCGCCGCUGCUACUGCUGGUGCUGAUGCUCGCCUGUGUCGCGCACACGAUUGGAGCCCUGCCCCAGCUGUGUGACGUGCUUCGGCUGCUGCAGGAGGAACAGGACCAAUGCCUACAGGAGCUCUCCAAGGACAGGCGAGAAGACGUCAGCCCACAGCUUCCAGUACCAGGCUGUGAGGGGCUGUGGGACAACAUGAGCUGCUGGCCCUCCUCUGCACCAGGACACACCGUGGAAGUGGAGUGCCCCAGGUUCCUCCAGAUGCUCACGAGCAGAAACGGUUCCCUGUUCCGAAACUGCACACCAGACGGCUGGUCAGAAACCUUCCCCAGGCCUGACCUGGCCUGCGGGGUUAAUGUGAACGACUCUUCCAAUGAGAGGCGGCAUGCCUACCUGCUGAAGCUGAAGGUCAUGUACACCGUGGGCUACAGCUCCUCCCUGGUGAUGCUCCUUGUUGCUCUCAGCAUUCUCUGUGCUUUACGGAGGCUCCACUGCACCCGCAACUACAUCCACAUGCACCUGUUCGUGUCCUUCAUCCUGCGUGCCCUGUCCAACUUCAUCAAAGAUGCUGUGCUCUUCUCCUCAGAUGACGUCACCUAUUGUGAUACCCACAGGGUGGGCUGUAAGCUGGUUAUGAUCUUCUUCCAGUACUGCAUCAUGGCCAACUACGCCUGGUUGCUGGUGGAAGGCCUCUACCUCCACACACUCCUCGUCAUCUCCUUCUUCUCGGAAAGGAAGUGCCUGCAGGGAUUCAUAGCCCUUGGAUGGGGUUCUCCAGCUGUUUUCGUUGCUUCGUGGGCUAUCACCAGGCACUUUCUGGAAGACAUCGGGUGUUGGGACAUCAAUGCCAAUGCUUCCAUCUGGUGGGUCAUUCGAGGGCCUGUGAUUCUGUCCAUCCUGAUCAAUUUCAUCUUAUUUAUAAACAUUUUAAGAAUCCUGAUGAGAAAACUUAGGACUCAAGAAACAGGAGGAAAUGAAGUGAACCAAUAUAAGCGCCUGGCCAAGUCCACCCUCCUGCUGAUUCCCCUCUUCGGUGUCCACUACAUCGUCUUCGCCUUCUCCCCCGAGGACGCCAUGGAGGUCCAGCUGUUUUUUGAAUUGGCCCUUGGCUCAUUCCAGGGGCUGGUGGUGGCCAUCCUCUACUGCUUCCUCAACGGGGAGGUACAGCUAGAAGUUCAGAAGAAGUGGCGGCAGUGGAAUCUCCAAGGCUUCCCGUUGCGCCCUGUGGCCCUCAGUUUGUCCUUCAGCAAUGGGACCAGUGGCCCCACUCAUGGCACCAAGGGCAGCCCUUCAGAGCAGAGCCGGGGCAUCUGCAGGGCCAGCAUCAUCUGAGAGGACGGAACGAUGCCGACCGUGGACAGAGGUUAAAGCAGGUCCUAGGAGGCUGAACGCUGCCUUGGAACAGACCUGUCUCCCCAGCAGUUGUCCUGUGCUCUCCUUGUGGCUGUAAAUGUCCCUCCUCCAGGCCUGGGAUGCCUCAGAACCGAAGUGACCAGGGCACCGUGAGACAGGAUGAAGGCCUAGGACUUGGUCUGUGUUGCUCUUCUGGGAAGAACGGUUCAGGGGCCCAAGAAAGGAGGCGGGGAAAUAAAUGGUACCUGGGAAGA